AUGGCACAUGAUCGUUUCAGGGAUGACAAUAUUGUUGAUUUAAAGAUUGUGAUGAAAGUGUCAAGAGCAACGUCUGGCCGUGAGAAUCAUUUGAUGCCAUCGAAUGAGAUUGCAGUAAUAAUGGUUGGCGAUGAUGAUCCUAAAUGUGAGGAUCGGGACAUUGUUGUGUCGAGUAAAUCUGAUGGCCUUAAACGCAUCACCACGUUGCACCCAUUAAUGAUGGCUUUGCAAUAUCCAUUGUUAUUUCCCCGUGGCGAGGAUGGUUUUCACAAAGAACUGAAGUAUAUUGUGACCCCAGACAGUCGUAAAAAAAAAUGUGAAAAGGUCACGAUGAGAGAGUAUUAUUCUCAUACGCUCAUGGUCCGAUUAGAACAAGGUCAAACACUUCGUCUUGGUGGCAGAUUGUAUCAUCAGUUCAUUGUAGAUGCAUUCUCCGCUGUUGAACAAUCAAGGUUAUGCACUGAUGCUCCUGAUGCAUCUAAUGUUGGCCAAGGAUUUAUUCUACCAUCCUCCUUUGUUGGAUUCGCCAGAUACAUGCAACAAAAUAUUCAAGAUUCACUGGCUGUGUGCAGGAAGAUUGGUUAUCCUGAUUUAUUUCUUACUAUGACAUGUAAUCCUUAUUGGGAUGAAAUAAUGCAAAUGAUGUCUCUCUUACCAUCCUGUAGAUCAGAGGAUUGCCCAGAUAUAAUUUCUAGGGUCUUCAAGCUAAAACUUGAUCAACUAUAUGAUGACAUCAAAAAUAAAAACCGUUUCGGGAAGUGCUUGUCAGUUAUGUACGUGGUAGAAUAUCAGAAGCGUGGUUUGCCACAUGCUCACAUGUUGAUAUGGCUCGAAAGCAAUGCCAAGAUAAAUCUUAACAAAAACAUUGAUUCCUUUGUUUCCGCUGAGAUACCAGAUGGGGAACAUGAUCAUAAUGGCUAUGCUGCUGUAAAACAGUAUAUGAUGCACGGACCUUGUGGCGCUGAUAAUGAAAAUUCUCCGUGUAUGAAGGAAGGCAAAUGUACACGUGGACUUCCCAAGGCGUACUGUUCGAAUACAAUGUUUGACGAGUUUGGCUUUCCCAUUUAUAAACAUCGUAAAACAAUGCAUACUGUUCAUGUCAGAAAAGCCGACCUUGAUAACCGUUGGGUUGUCCCUUAUAACAGAGAUUCGAUUGUUCAGUACCAAUGUCAUAUAAAUCUUGAAAUCUGCAACCAUGGUCGUUGUAUAAAAUAUCUUUUCAAGUACUGUCUGAAAGGCCUUGAUCGUGCCACGGUUAUGGUACAAGGGAAGAAUAAUGUUUGUGAUCAAUCUGACAAGGCCAGGAAUGAAAUCAAGAUGUAUCUAGAUGGAAGGUAUGUAUGUGGAGCAGAGGCGGCUCACCGUAUAUUUGGAUUUGAUAUACAUCAUCGUAGCAUAUCUGUUGAACGUCUGUCGUUUCACUUUCCAAAUGAGAAGUAUGUGACUUUUAAAAACAAUGAUAAUCUGGAAAAUGCCUGUAAAAGGGCGUCUUACAAAGACAGCAAGCUUGAAGCCUUUUUUAAACUAUGUCGUGAAAAUGCAUUUGCUAGACAGUACAGCUAUCAAGAAAUACCAGAGCAUUUUGUGUGGGACUCAGGUCAGAGUGUUUGGAGAUUAAGGAAAAAGGGCCAAAAGGUCGGACGAUUGAAUUCAUCUCUCUAUACUGCUGGAGAAUUGUGGUAUCUUCGUAUGUUACUAUGUGGUGUUGCUGGUCCCAGGUCGUUUGAAGAACUAAAAACGUUUGAAGGUAGAACUUAUGGAACUUUCCAAGAAGCUUGUGGAGCCAUGGGUUUACUCACCAAUGAUAAUGAGUGGCAUGAAGCAAUACUCGAAAAUGUUGAUAGUGCUAUGCCACAUCAGUUACGAGCCCUGUUUGUCCAUAUUAUUGUCAAUUGCCAGAUUGAAUUUUUGUUAAAUUCUAUUGGGAGGUCAUUGAGGAAUUAUCCAACCAUUUGUAUGCCAGCCGAGAAGUACUUGGACAGGUCUGAAAACAAGUUGGUGUUGGAAGAAACAAGCUAUCCUGUAGAUGAAAUGAUCAGACAAAAUGAAGAAUAUGUCCGUCAACUAAACAGUGAACAGAAAAAGGUGUAUGAUAAUGUGAUUGAUAGUGUAAAAAAAGAUGCUGGAGGCUUCUUUUUUGUUUAUGGUAGUGGAGGAUGUGGGAAAACAUUUUUAUGGAAAACCAUAAUAACCAAGCUUCGAUCUGAAAGAAAAAUUGUUUUGCCCGUUGCAUCUUCUGGAAUUGCAGCUACAUUGUUGCCAGGUGGUCGCACUGCUCACUCAAGGUUCAAGAUACCAUUAAAACUGGAUGAGGAAUCAUCGUGCUCGAUUCCUCAUAAUUUUGAUAUUGCCGAACUCAUUAAGAAGACAAGUCUUAUUAUUUGGGAUGAGGCUCCAAUGUAG